AUGGGUGGAUCAUCACCUUGCGGUGACUCGGUUCGAGCCGUCAAAGAUUACAAACGUCAAGCAACCACCUCUAAGAAGUGGCCUUCUCCAGUCGAAAAUGAUCACCAUAUCACUUUUUCGGCACUAGACACCAAGGGCGUCCACAUGCAACAUAACGAUCCUCUCCUCGUCGACCUCGACAUCGGUGAAUGCCUAGUCGUAAAAGUCCUUAUUGAUACCGGCAGCUCAUUCAAUCUCAUUUUUCGCGACACACUCGACAAAAUGGGAGUUGAUUUAAGGGAUAUGAAGCCUUCCUCUCGCACGCUCACCAGCUUCAACAGAGCCUCGGAGCAAAUGAUCGGGACAAUUUGUCUUCCAGUAUACGCAGGGGGUAUAACCCGCACCAUCAAGUUCUCCGUCAUCCGCGCCAAAGCACCCUAUAAUGCCAUACUCAGAACACCAUGGCAGCAUUCCAUAAAAGCCGUUCCUUCGAAUUAUCAUCAAUGUGUCAAGUUUCCCGGAAAAGACGGCAAAACACAGACAAUUCGGGGAGAUCAACAAGCCGCGAGAGAACUGCUGAUCGCAACUGUAAAGAUGCAGCAACAGGCUUCCCUUGUCAACUCCGUCAGUCAACCACUCUACAAGAUAUACCCCCAGAAGGAGGAAAUUCGCGAAGUCGCAAUCGAUGAGUCCGACCCGACGAAAAUCAUCCGAGUUGGCGUCUACCUGUCCGACGACAUAUGUUCAAGGAUCAUCUCUUUCAUCAAAGACAACGCCUCGACGUUCGCCUGGAAGACUUCCGACAUGAAGGGGAUCGACCCCGCAGUUACCUCCCAUGAACUGCACGUCGACUCGACGUUCAAACCCAUCCGACAGAAGCGCGAAAACUUGGUCCAGAACGAUCUAAAGCCGUAA